CCACACCGCUCACUUAAAUAUUUUUAUUUGUACGGCCAUUUUGACGCACGGGCGACGGCAACCGAGAAUUCCAAGACGCAAAACUUCCGAAUUAUUGCACAAAAUUAUCAGUGAAACGCGUCGCGUCCCCGCCCUGUCCAUCCAGGGGCGCUCCCCCAACACUUGCGAAACUCGAACGGUUCGCGUUUGGCUUCAGCCUCCAAAUGAAGCACUGAAAUCCGUGUGUGUGACAACAAAAACAACCACGCAGAAAAGAACAGAGAACUAGAAACAAACGGAUUUCAAAAUGAUUGAACCGCCGAAAUUCAUUGAUAAUGAUUCUUACAACGGCAGCCGGACAUUUACCUGGCUGGCGGACAUGGUGGGGCUGUCGGUUGAUUUGGUAAACUUUUUAAUCUGCCAAAUAUCGGCUCUAUUUUUGGCCUCCCUGUUCCGAUCGGUGCUGCAUCCCUCGAAGGUCCCCAGCAAGUUGCGUCACACAUUCGCCCUGUCGAUUGGCCUCGCCUUUGGCUACUUUUGCUUCGGUCCUCAGGCCAUUCACAUCGCAGGACUUCCGGCGAUAUGCUACAUUGUCAUUCGAACCCAGGAUCCCCGCAUCGUUCAGAGAGCCGUCUUAUUGGUGGCCAUGAGCUACUUGCUGUGCGUCCAUCUCAUGCGCCAGCUCUAUGACUAUGGAUCCUAUGCCCUGGACAUUACCGGGCCCCUUAUGAUCAUCACACAGAAGGUAACCAGCUUGGCCUUCAGCAUCCACGACGGCUUUGUGCGACAGGAUGAGGAACUCACCAAAGCCCAGAAGUAUCAUGCCAUUCGCAAAAUGCCCACGGCCUUGGAGUACUUCUCCUACGUCUGGCACUUCCAGAGCAUUCUGGCCGGCCCUCUCGUUUUCUACAAGGACUACAUCGAGUUCGUCGAAGGCUACAAUCUGCUUCCCCCGCCAACCAAUGGCAACAUCGACAAUGGAAAGGGAGAAGUUGUGCUGGAACCAUCACCGACAAAGGCUGUGAUACGAAAGGUCAUUGGCAGUCUAGUGUGCGCCUUCAUAUUUAUGAAAUUCGUGAAAAUAUAUCCCGUGAAAGACAUGAAGGAGGACGACUUCCUUGAGGACACGAGCAUGGUGUACAAGUUCUGGUACGCAAUGAUGGCGACCACCUGCAUCCGUUUCAAGUAUUAUCACGCUUGGCUCUUGGCCGAUGCCAUUUGCAACAACUCAGGUCUAGGUUUCACUGGCUACGAUAAGGAUGGCCAGCCCAAGUGGGAUUUGAUAUCCAAUAUUAACGUCCUCUCCUUUGAGUUUUCAACAAACAUGCGCGAUGCCAUCCAGAACUGGAACUGCGGCACCAACCGCUGGCUGCGAACCCUCGUCUACGAGCGGGUGCCCAAGAAGUACGGCACUCUGCUCACCUUCGCCCUCAGCGCCGUCUGGCACGGCUUCUAUCCGGGCUACUACCUGACCUUUGCCACCGGCGCCAUUGUCGUGACAGCGGCCCGCAUAGGCCGACGACUGUUCCGCCACCGCUUCCAGAGCACGCAGGUCACGAGGAUGUUCUACGACAUCCUCACCUGCCUGAUCACCAGGGUCACACUAGGCUACGCCACAUUCCCAUUCGUUCUGCUUGAAUUUAUGGGCAGCAUCAACUUGUACCUGAGAUUUUAUUUGUGCCUUCACAUCAUUUCACUAGUGACCAUAUUUAUUUUACCCAAGUAUAUACGCGGCGAGAGCAGGAGUCGCGACAACAGGGCGUCCGUUCGGCUGGCAGGUGCCGGCAAUGUCAAGGAUUCAGCAGCCGCCGAAAGUUCUUCGGAGACAGCGCUGGUCGCUGGCAAUGAUCUCAAGGAGAAUGGAGGAGGACAGGAGGAGGAUAUGGAUAAGCAUGCUCAAUGUAAAGUCAACACGCCAACAACACAACAGCAGCAACCAUCUGCUGAGCUUAUUAAUAAACACAGCCGCACAAUCGAACAACAACAAACAACCAAGCAAUCCGAGCAAUCCAACAAUGUUAACCUUCGCCCACAGCAAGCAUGCGCUCGGGACGCCGUCAGCGUGCCCCAUGACCAGUGCGAGAUGGACCAACUGUCCAGCAAGCUGAAGGAGAAGCUCGAGGCCGAAACCAAAAACAUUGAGGAAUUUAUCGAUAAGACUGUAACCGAGACCGUUAGCGGCAUUGUGGAGUUCAAGAACGACCUGAUGCGGGACAUUGAGUUCCCCAAACUGAAGUUGCCCGGCAGCAAUACCGGCAACAGCAGUUCCGUUACCUUGGAUGCGACAACUGUCAACGGCGGUCUGCGCAAACGUAACAUAUCCUCUGUCCAUGACAAUGGAACAACAUCACCGACACCUGGAAAUCUUCAAUCGGAGCAUCAUGCUGUCAUCGAGGAGAACGGCUCUGCCUUUCUGAAGAAGGAGAUCGAUGUGAUCAAUGCGGUGGUGCAGCAGGCCAAUGUCCUGCCGGCGGUGCUCAGCAAUGGUCAUGCCAAAUAGUAGCAGCGACAGUCAAGUGUGGGAUCAACGAACGGCAGCUACAAAACCAUAAAGAUAAACAUUAAAAUAAAUAACAACGAUGACGAUGACGACGAUGAUGGCACGGCAGGGAAUGGAGUGAAGUUAGGGAACAAAUUGAGUGCUGCACACCUAGUUGAUUGAUUAGUUGAUCUAUUGAUGGAUGGAUAGGAUUUUAACCGAAACACACACGCACACACAACACACACACAAAAUACGCGACACAGACAAGGAUACCUUUUUGCUUUUACUUUUAAGUGUGGAGUGUUUUUUGAUUUCUUUCUUAAAUUAGUAGACCUGAAGUACAGAGAUUGUUUACACUGAAGUAAUUGUCUAGCGCGAAUUAGCCAAAUAAUAAAUAAGAAAUGAAUACACUUGUAUGUACAUUCAUUGAUAAUUAUUCAUCGAAAGCCAAAACCUUUGUUCAAAUUAACUAAAUGUGCACCAAACCUCUAAUUGUUGUUGAAGAAAAUCUAUGUACGUACGUUUGUAGUUGUUUGUUUGUUAAACUGAAAGCGCCAAGAAUGCGCUUCCAAGGCUAUGGAUCAGAUUUUAAACAUAUCCAGCUUACAAAAAAAAACUCAAAUUUAUAAAGAAUUUUAUAAUCAGACUCCUGACAGGUUAUUAUAAUCCGUUUUCUAGACGACUGAGUAUACAAAAAAGAACUUUUUGAAGAACCUACACCUACACCCAUAGUCUUGGAGCUCAUUCCUUGAGCGAAUUACAUAAUCCUCCCAGUAUGUGUGUGUGGACACCUGCAUAUGUUGAUAUAUUUACCAUAUAGUCUAUGUGCGAGCAGCAACUGACCCAAUUUGAAACAUCAUUACUGUACUGUAGUUCAAAUCCCGCCCGCCCGAAGGAUCGCAACGUGACAAGUAGAACCAACUAAAUCCUCUGAAAGCAAAAAACGCUACAAACAAAAGUCAACCAAAUCUUAACUUUAGACUGAAGCUAUUGACAAAAAAACUAAGCAAACUAAACAAAAAAAAACAAAGCAAAUCCUGCGUAGUUAAAGUUAGUUAGUAAGCCGUCGAGUUGUUUUUGAUAUUCAAUUUGAUUCGAUUUUUGUACAACUUCCACGAUCGAGCGUGGAUAGGUAUCCUGCUUACUUCCACUUUAUAUAUACGUAUAUAUAUACAUAAAAUAGAUAAAAAAAAUUGAUAUACAAUUGGGUCUCUUCCAUCGUGCCCUUUUCUUUGUUUUUUGGCGAACGUUCAUGUCCUCCACUUGUGACUUCCUACUCCUUAGCUCUUAAGCAAGCACCUAUAUUACCUAUUUUGUUUUUACCCAUUAUUUUGUUAAUACCAAUAAACAAUUAAACUGCAAA